UACUGCCCACCAUGGAGUCCAGAGGAAAGUCGGCCAGCAGCCCCAAGCCCGACACCAAGGCACCACAGGCCCCUGCUGAGCCCAGAGGCCCCCCUGCUGCUGAUGGGAAAGCCCCCGGGGCUGCAUCUGCCAAGCCUGGGAAGAAGGAGGGCCCUGUGGAAAAGCAGGAGCAGCUGGCAGCCCCCACCCCAGCACCUGCCAAGAAGACCCCGGCCAAGGCAGACCCUGCCCUCCUCAACAACCACAGCAACCUGAAGCCAGCUCCUGCAGCCCCCAGCAGCCCCGAUACAACCCCAGAGCCUAAGGGUCCUGGGGAUGGCGCCGAGGAGGAUGAGGCUGGCAGCAGGGGUCCAGGGGGCCAAGGUCCCUGCCCCUUCGAGAACUUGACCCCCCUGCUGGUAGCUGGGGGUGUGGCUGUGGCAGCCGUGGCCCUAGUUCUUGGUGUGGCCUUCCUGGCCCGUAAAAAAUGAUGGCCGGUGUGCCAG